GUUUCUGCAAGCGCGAAUUCCUCGGUGGUAAACAAAGUAGAAACUUGGGCAGAUAAAUAAAGGAAUUUUUCUGAUAAUUUUGAUAAGCAUGGCGGACAAGAAGUCGUUGGGAGAAACCAAGAAAUCAACGCAGACAUCAGCGGCUUCAAAAAAGGCGGAAAAACUUCAAAAGAAGUCGGUUAAGGGGUCUCAAACCACUGGGCUGGGUGAUGGAGAGGAAAUGCCGGCAAAGUCCUCGGCGCAGCCCACUGCGUACAGCAUGCGACCGGCUUUUGGAGAGAUGUUUCCCCUGCCCAUUGUAAAGAAUAUAAUGAACAGCGUUAUGGCCGAAAAACUGAGAGAAAAAACCUAUGACAAGGACGUGGCCAGUAAGUGGACCAGUGAAAUAGCCGACGAGAUCAACCAGCAGAUUGCAUCCAAUCCUAAGGUCAAACGGUACAAGCAUGUGGUCCAGGUGAUGCUUGGCCAGGAGCUGGGAGCAGGAGCCACCUACAAUUCGCGUUGCUGCUGGGACUGCGACUGCGACACCUCCAUAUCCGAGGUCUACAGCAACACCAGUUUGUUUUGUGUGUGUACUGUGUUUGGGACUUAUCAGUAUUAGAGUCCUGUUGCAUCCAGAGGAACUGACUAGGCUAAGCAUGCUAAUAUAUUUAUUUUGUUGACAUUUGAACGGAUGGAACACCGAUUAGGCUAAGGACCAAUCUCACCUCAUUUUUUAUUUUUUUCA